AUGGUUGCUGACGUCCUAACCGGUACUUUUACCGUCAAAUCCGGCCACGCCCAGAUGCUCAAGGGUGGCGUCAUCAUGGACGUGGUCACGGCCGACCAGGCCCGCAUUGCCCAGGAAGCCGGCGCGGUCGCAGUGAUGGCCCUGGAAAGGGUGCCUGCGGACAUCCGGGCCGAUGGCGGUGUCGCGCGGAUGAGCGACCCAUCCAUGAUUGCGGCGAUCAUCGACGCCGUAUCCAUACCGGUCAUGGCCAAGUGCCGCAUCGGUCACUUCGUCGAAGCCCAGAUCCUCCAGGCCAUGGGCGUCGACUACGUGGACGAGUCGGAAGUCCUUACCCCGGCCGACGAGCAGCACCACGUCUGGAAGCAUGACUUUACCGUCCCCUUCGUCUGCGGUUGUCGCGACCUCGGCGAGGCCCUGCGCCGUAUUUCCGAAGGCGCCACCAUGAUCCGCACCAAGGGCGAAGCCGGUACCGGCGACGUCGUAGAAGCCGUCCGCCACAUGCGCGCCGUCCAGGACGCCAUCCGCAAGCUGCGGAACCUCCCCGACGAUGAGCUCGUCGUCGAAGCCCGGGACAUGCGCGUGAGCCUUGACCUUCUCAUGCAGACCAGGGAAGAAGGCCGCAUGCCCGUGGUCAACUUCGCCGCCGGCGGGGUGGCUACCCCGGCUGAUGCCGCUCUCAUGAUGCAGUUGGGAGCCGAUGGAGUCUUCGUGGGCUCCGGCAUCUUCAAGUCCGGCGACCCGGUCCGCCGCGGUCACGCUAUUGUCCAGGCGGUAACUCACUACAACGACCCCGACAUCCUGGCCGACGUGUCCAAGGACCUCGGCGAGCCCAUGGUCGGCCGCAGCGUUCGCGAGCUGUCCGAUGAGGAACUCCUCGCCACCCGCAGCGUCUGA